UUCACUGCAUUCAUUCACCAAAUACAUUCAGCCUUCCCUCAGGAUAGAGCUUCUUUUGAAAGAUAUCCACGACUGAAACGAACACAUUUGAAGAGAAAAUGGAUCCCUGUGACUGCGCCAAGACUGGAAGCUGCAGCUGUGGUACAAGCUGCAAAUGCACAAACUGCCAGUGUACAUCCUGCAAGAAAAGUUGCUGUCCAUGCUGUCCAUCUGGCUGCAGCAAGUGUGCUUCUGGCUGUGUAUGCAAGGGAAAUGCUUGUGGCUCCAGUUGCUGCCAGUGAAGAAAGGACUGUUACUGCCAAUCAGGAUGUACAUAUUGUAUUGCCUUUUGUACUCUGUAGCUUCUAAAUAAGUAAUGUCUUUUUAAGGGAAAUGCCAAUAAAUAACACUGCUGUA